CGGCUCCACCGCCAGUGGUCCGGGCUUUGGAGAACGUCGGGACUUAGGUGCUCGGGCGCCCGGCGGCCGGAGGCGUGCUAGCGGGUGUGAGCACAGCACAGCGGAGUCCGGGGUGCGCAAAGAGGAGGGGCCCCCGGGAGCUCUAUAUGGAGGAGGGAGCCCAGAAUGGUGUGCACCAGGAAGACCAAAACUUUGGUGUCCACUUGCGUGAUCCUGAGCGGCAUGACCAACAUCAUUUGUCUGCUCUACGUGGGCUGGGUCACCAACUACAUCGCCAGCGUGUAUGUGCGGGGACAGGAGCCGGCACCCGACAAGAAGCUGGAGGAAGACAAAGGGGACACCUUGAAGAUUAUUGAACGGCUGGACCACCUGGAGAAUGUCAUCAAGCAGCAUAUCCAAGAGGCCCCCGCCAAACCUGAGGAGGCAGAGGCUGAGCCCUUCACAGACUCCUCUCUGUUUGCACACUGGGGCCAGGAGCUCAGCCCCGAAGGCCGGCGUGUGGCCCUGAAGCAGUUCCAGUACUACGGCUACAAUGCCUACCUCAGUGACCGCCUACCCCUCGACCGGCCCCUGCCUGACCUCAGACCCAGUGGGUGCCGCAACCUCUCAUUCCCCAGCAGCCUCCCAGAGGUGAGCAUCGUGUUCAUCUUCGUCAACGAAGCACUCUCUGUGCUGCUGCGCUCCAUCCACUCAGCCAUCGAGCGCACACCUCCGCACCUGCUCAAGGAGAUCAUCCUGGUGGAUGACAACAGCAGUAAUGAGGAGCUGAAGGAGAAGCUGUCAGAGUAUGUGGACAAGGUGAAUGGCCAGAAGCCAGGCUUCAUCAAGGUCGUGCGGCACAGCAAGCAGGAAGGCCUUAUCCGCUCCAGGGUCAGUGGUUGGAGGGCCGCCACUGCCCCCGUAGUGGCACUCUUUGAUGCCCACGUGGAGUUCAACGUGGGCUGGGCUGAACCCGUGCUCACCCGCAUUAAGGAGAACCGGAAGCGGAUCAUCUCGCCAUCCUUUGACAACAUCAAAUACGACAACUUUGAGAUAGAAGAGUACCCGCUGGCCGCUCAGGGCUUUGACUGGGAGCUGUGGUGCCGCUACCUAAACCCCCCUAAGGCCUGGUGGAAACUGGAGAACUCCACGGCCCCAAUCAGGAGCCCUGCCCUCAUUGGCUGCUUCAUUGUGGACCGGCAAUACUUCCAGGAGAUCGGCUUGCUGGAUGAAGGCAUGGAGGUCUACGGAGGCGAGAACGUCGAGCUCGGGAUCAGGGUGUGGCAGUGUGGCGGGAGCGUGGAGGUCCUGCCCUGCUCGCGGAUUGCCCACAUUGAGCGAGCCCACAAGCCCUACACCGAGGACCUCACCGCCCAUGUCCGCAGGAACGCCCUCAGGGUGGCUGAAGUCUGGAUGGACGAAUUUAAAAGCCAUGUGUACAUGGCAUGGAACAUACCCCAAGAGGACUCAGGAAUCGACAUCGGGGACAUCACUGCAAGGAAGGCUCUGAGGAAACAGCUGCAGUGCAAGACCUUCCGGUGGUACCUGGUCAGCGUGUACCCAGAGAUGAGGAUGUACUCAGACAUCAUUGCCUAUGGGGUGCUGCAGAACUCUCUGAAGACUGAUUUGUGUCUUGAUCAGGGUCCAGACACAGAGAAUAUUCCUAUCGUGUACAUCUGCCACGGGAUGACGCCCCAGAACGUGUACUACACGAGCAGUCAGCACAUCCAAGUGGGCAUCCUGAGCCCCACGGUGGACGACGACGACAACCGGUGCCUGGUGGACGUCAACAGCCGGCCGCGGCUCAUCGAAUGCAGCUAUGCCAAAGCCAAGAGGAUGAAGCUCCACUGGCAGUUCUCUCAGUUAUAAAACGAUGCCCCGGGAUCAAGACGCCAGCUGGAGAUGGCCCGCAGUGACCCAGCUUUGAAGAAAACCAGUGCCUUGGCCCAGAGGCCUCCAGCCCCUAAGGAAUCUGCUGAAUUAGGACCAGUUUCUGCCCACAGAUAGGGAUGCCCACCUCCCAGGUAGUGCAGGGAAAGCACUCAAAACAGGAAGUGAUGGAGCCCGUGGGGUUUUAGGGCAUCAGGACUGCUGGGGGCUGCACAUGGUGGAUGCUUCUGGGGAAGUCAGGAACAGAAUGUCUAUAUUCAUGGGACGAAGAGGCAGAGACCCCGACUCAAGCCUCCUUCCACUCUGAGAGGAGGCUGACAGGCACAGGAUGAGGGUGUGCAGUUGGCCUGACCUUGAUUCCAAUCCUCAUGUCCAGUUACUCUCCCCUGUAGUGGUGGGCCAGUGAGGGGAGGUCCCAGCUACGUCAAGUUCUAUGGGCACGGGGCACCUUUGACCUGUGGUCUGGGGGUGCAGAACCUGAGGGCUGAGAGAGACCCUCGGUUCGGUCCUAAAUGGAUGGUGAAGGUCAACCCUGAGAAGCAAGUUCAACACACGUCAUAGAUUUAGGGGCUAGUUGGAAAGCAGGAGCGAGAGUCCAGACUAGGACUUUGGGACCCCAGGAAAGCAGACGCUGGGAAGCAGCACAAGAAGCCAAUGACAGCACAUCCGAGGGUGGGUAGAGGAUGCACGUGGCAGCUCUGAGUCCCGGCUGGGCCUGCAGAAUGCGUGAGGUUCAGUGAAAGAGAAUGGUGCCCGGGGACUCCUGCCCUGCCCCUUCCUGUCCAUAUGACCUUUGACACGUGUUGUAAACUGUAAAGGUCUGUCCCGUAAGAAGAAUUAGCUAAGGUUCAUACACUGCUUAACGUGUGCUGCACUUCCUAGGCGCCUGGCAUACACCAGCUCAUUUAAUCCUCACAACACCUGUGUGUGAUUAGAUGUGGCCCGUUAGCCCGAGUUCAUAGAUGAGGAAACUGCGGCACGAAGAUGCUAAAUAACAUACCCACUGCUUAUUAUUAUUAUUCCUGAACUACUUCAGAUUCUCUUUUUUACUUCUAAUCGUGGGAGGAUGUUGGACGUGGCCCCUGGAAGAAGGUCAGGGUCAGGGCCGAGGCUUAGAAUAUGGAGCACUUCCUCCUACCACCUCCCUGUCUCUUGGUGGAGCUCAGAUGCCCCAGCUGUGACCUGUUCUGACUGUGCCCAGCAGAAGCCUUUGUCACUUUCCCCAGCCAGGCUUCUGGCCCAGAGUGACACAGGAUAGGGCUACAUUUCCCCUCUGCCCUCCUUUAAAUUACAAGGCAGAGGGAGCCCUGGAGGUGUGUGGUCAGGGAGGAAGGCUGGCCAUGGGCUGGGUGGUAAAGUGGCUGCUGUCUCCUGGCUCGGAUUAGAUGCAUAACAGGCUCAGAGGCUGAAGGCGACAGAGAGAGGAACGGGUACAUCGGUCCGAGGAGGUGAGUGGGCUGACUUGGCUGGGUGAGACGGGGACCGUACCAUCUGGAGGGGCUCACAUCAGGCUGCUCUCUGCUGCCUUCAGCCCCACCUCCUGCUGCCCUGAGUUCAGCUUCCUCCUGGGAGCUGAAUGACACCGUGCAGAAAGAUGGGGGUGGCAGGUUGGGGCAGGGCUGGUGGCUUUCCAGAACAGAGAAUACAAAGCUUGGCCCUUGAAGAAGGCAUAGGAGUUUGCUCCAUAUAGAAGUAGUGAGGGGCAUUCCAGGGAGAGGCAACGGCACGGGCGCGAGCUGCGGACAUCUAACCCAGGCCACGUGCAGGGAGCUGCGGAGGGUCAGGUGUGGCUGGAUCCUCGUGGACCCCGUGGGGCGCAGCCAGAGAUGUGCCUGCAGGGGCAGCUGGACCUGGACCUGGUCCUGUGGGAGGUGAGGCUGUGUGCGGGGGACUGGUGCGUUUAGGCCUGGGUUUUGGCAGCCCCCAGUGGUCGGGAUUGUGGAGCUGAAUGGGGAAGAGAGAUUCUAGAAGCAGGGAGGGGCAGGUAGAAGAGUUACGGGGAGGCUCAGAUGCAGUUUGAAAGUUUAGCUGUUUCCUCCUCCUUCUCCUCCAUGACCCUGGGGUCUUCAGGACCCUGCCUGGCCUCCAAGAUCUCCUCUCAGGGCAGGGUCUGAGGCUGCCCCUCACCAGGGGAAGAGAGCUCGGUCUGUCUGUGGGGUCUCAGCCUCUCCAUGCCCAGCUUCAUGCAGUUUGAAUCCAAACCCGGGCUGCUUUGACAUCCCAGCCCCACAUACAGGCACAUCUGACUCCUUUCCAGCCCUCAUAGACAUAUGGCCUUCCCACACGUGCCCAGAUCCAGAGGCCUUGGUGCCCCCAACUGGCUCUCAUCUCAUCUGCCCAUUCCCAACUGGGGCAGAGAAAUCCAAAUCCAGCUCCUUCCUUCACUCAUCUCUGUGCAUGGCCUUGAACAGGCAGCCGGACAGAUUCCUGCUUGAAGGGACACAGUGACCAACCAAGCAGGCCACAUUGGCAUGUGCAGCCCUGAGGUCUGGGCAGUUUUCAGCUACUUAUACAUACAUCUAAUUAAAACUCCCAGGGCACUCUGGCAGUCACCUCUCUGAUCCUUCUACCAAGGGGAGCUGUUUGGAAAUAAUAUUUUUAAAUCCCUAAUUUGCAAGCCCAGAGCAGCCGCUCUCACUUGAUAUUUAAAAAUUAAUGUAUGUGGGGCUUCCUUGGUGGUGCAGUGGUUGAGAGUCCGCCUGCCGAUGCAGGGGACGCGGGUUCGUGCCUCGGUCCGGGAGGAUCCCAC